AUGGCAAACGAAGGAGACAAUGGUGUUUUGGGUAACAUUCGUGGGAGAGACGAGUCACCAACAAAGAAGCAUAAACCAAAGAGAAGAGGGACGAGCAAGGCGCGAGAUACUGCCAUAGCCAUAACAAGUGAGGGCGUUUCCUAUGAGCCACCCCCACAACAGCGUCUUGAAGUUGUUGAAGGCAACUUCGCUUCACUUAAGUCUACUGCCUUAGAAAAGCUGGGAGACGUCAAGGAAGACGUGGAUCAAAUGACCGAGGAGCACAAGAAAGGACUAACCAACCUUGAGCUCAAGCUGACCGAGGCUGUCUCAAUGUUGCACAGGGAGGUUGAGAUUCUAAAGCAACAAUUAGAGGCAGUAAGGCUUGCCGGUAGCACUAGUCCUGUGACGAUUCGUGAAACCAAAAUAGAUGCCCCUAAACCCAAAGAGUUCAGAGGCGAAAGAAGCACUCAAGACGUUGAGAACUUCAUUUGGAAAAUGGAGGACUACUAUGAGCACCUCAACAUCGUUGACGAGGCUGCCAAAAUCAGGGCCGUAACGAUGUACCUUACCGACACCGCCAUGCUUUGGUGGCGGAGGAAGGAAACCGAGAUUGAGAAAGGCACUUGCUCCAUCCAAACGUGGGAACAGUUCAAGUUCGAGCUAAAACGACAGUUUUAUCCACAAAACGUCGUCAAUGAGGCUCAUCGGAAGUUGAGAGAACUGAAGCAAACAACUUCCAUUCGUGUGUAUCGACGUCAAGUGAAGGACGUCGAUGAAGCUAUCGCUGUGGCGGAGUCCUUGACGGAUUUUAGGACAGAAGCCACCAAGCCAAGGGACACCAAGAGCAAACCCGUCAGAUCUGGAGGAGAUCGUACAUAUCGAGACAAAGGCAAGCAAAUUGCUGGCCCCAAUCGUGAUUCCAAAGGAGAAGGCAACCACAAUUCUCACUGGCGCGACAGGUACAAUGAAAAGAAGAAGGCAAAUGGUCCACACAAUAGUUGUUAUCUUUGCAAAGACCCUGGCCAUCACUACAGAGAUUGUCCUUCUUUGGUCAAGCUCAGUGCCUUAAUCGCAGCGGAACGGAGGCAAGAAGGUGCAACACAAACGGAUAUGCAAGCAGGCGAGGCUGCUGCUCAAGGGAGACAAAAUGUGGCGCAUAUUGGCCACAUGAUGCUCGGUGCAUUGCUGACCAAAGAGCCUGCUUUGAAGCAGGUUGCUCGGGACAAACCUGACCUUGCCCAAAUGGGUCAGACUUUACUUGGUGCUAUGAUGGGCAAGGAACCCAGGUUGAAGCAAAAAGGAUCACUGUUUGUGGAUGCGAAGCUUAACGGACAACCCGUUCGCAUCAUGGUCAACACUGGGGCGACACACAACUUCGUGACUGAAGCAAAGGCUAGAUCACUCGGCCUUACUUUUAGUCCCAACAGUUCUCUGUUAAAAACAGUCAAUGCCAAUCUCACAAACAUAAAUGGAGUUGCUCACAAUGUGCAACUCAAUUUAGGAGCUUGGCAAGGGAGUGUGAGUUUCUUCGUCGCUCCUAUGGACGUGUUUGAUAUAGAUUGGCUUGUGAAGGGCUUCAAGAGAGGAGAAGCCACCUUCUUAGCAGCCAUAACUAAGAUUGAUGAGGUCAAGGUUGAUGAGACCUUGCCCCCAUAUAUGCAGAGGGUUCUUGAUGAAAACAGGGAUGUUAUGCCGGAAGAACUUCCCAAAUGUUUGCCACCACGAAGAGAGGUGGAUCAUCAGAUUGAGCUGAUUCCGGGAGCAAAGCCACCUGCCAUGGGUCCGUAUCGCAUGGCACAUCCAGAAUUGGAGGAAUUGAGGAAGCAACUGAAGGAGUUUCUUGAAGCGGGACACGUUAGACCGUCAAAGGCGCCAUUUGGAGCACCAGUCUUGUUCCAAAAGAAGCAAGAUGGGUCAUUACGACUGUGCAUAGACUAUCGUGCACUCAACAAAGUCAUGGUGAAAAACAAAUAUCCAAUCCCUUUGAUAGCAGAUUUGUUUGAUUGUCUUGGCCAAGCCAAGGUAUUUACCAAGAUAGAUUUAAGGAAAGGAUAUUAUCAAGUCCGCAUAGCCGAAGGAGAUGAACCGAAGAUGACUUGUGUAACCCGUUAUGGAGCCUUUGAGUGGUUGGUGAUGCCGUUUGGCUUAACCAACGCCCCCGCAACAUUUUGCACAUUAAUGAACAAGCUGUUCCACCCCUUUUUGGAUCAGUUUGUAGUCAUCUAUCUUGAUGACAUUGUGAUCUAUAGCAGCAGCAUGGAGGAACAUCUUGAUCACCUCCGCAAAGUUUUCCAAAUUCUAAGGGAAAACAACCUGUUCGUGAAGAGGGAGAAGUGUUCAUUUGCCCAACCCCAAGUGAAAUUUCUAGGGCAUACGAUCAGCCAGGGAUAG